AUCCAGAAGGAAUCGAAUGCGCUGGAGAGUGUGAGGUUCAGAUUUGGUGAGACGCACAAACUUUCCCCAUUUAGCUAAUACAUUCUACCACGUCUUAUUUGGUUAAGCUCCAGAGUUUUACCAGCCGAAACAGUCGCAGGGGAUGCAUAGUAAGCCAACGUUACCAGCUCAUAUUCACAAACAGGCAACUUGGAAGAGAAACAUCACAGCGCCCUGAUGGCAUGGUAGCCUACCACUUCCUGUUUGGUCAAUGAUGCUCUGAAACAGGCAGCAUGGAUACAAGCCUGCUGAUUGGCUGGCAGGAUGAGCGGGCGGAGUUAAGGUCUGAGCUCUCUCGGCUGGAGGAGGAGCUUGCAGAAAGCCGUGCUGAUAGGUUGGAGCUGGAGUCACGUGCCCAGGCCCUUACGGAGCGGCUGGCCCAGUCUCUGGACCCGGCCCUCUCCUCGUCUCUGCAUGGGGACUCUGAGCAUCGGGAGUGGAGGAGGAAGCUGAGGGAAGGCAAAGAGAGAGAGACCAGACAGGCCCUGCUCAUCCACAAACUCCAGAACAAGGUGCUGGAGUAUCGCUCACGCUGCCAACGCUUGGAACAGCAAGUAGACGAUGAGGGGAAGGAGAUGAGGCUAAGAGAGAAGAGGAUCCGUGAUGAGCACAGCGACUCCCUGGAGAGCGCCCUCAUCAGGCUGGAGGAGGAACAGCAGAGGAGUGUGGGACUAGUAGAACUCAACGCCCUUCUCCGCAAUGAGCUCAGCCAAUCAGCAGAAGCCAAUGAAUCUCUCAGGGAGGACCUCCGCAAGCUGACAGGCGAUUGGUCCAGGGCAGUGGAGGAGGCCAGACAGCGGGAGUCUGAUUGGCUACAAGAGAAAGAGCUUCUAACAGGGCAUAUAAGUCAUGAACACACUCGACUGAUGACGCUGUGGGGACGAGUGGUGACCCUUAGACGGCAGUGCAACACCAUUAAGACUGCUACUGACAAGGACUUAUGGGAGCUCAGGGCGGAGUUCUCGCGUCUCUCCUCCUCUCUGCUGAUCUCCUGUGCCUCGGUUCGACCUCUGAUGACCUCUUCCCUGACCCCUGACCUCCAGGCUCCGCGCUCCUCCUCCGCACCCCCCCUCUCCUCAGACGGCCCCCUCUCUCUAGGGGAACUGGGGAUGGAGCAGAGGGAGAGAGGGAUGGAGAGAGUGAGGGAGAAAGAGAUGGAGGAGAUGCGAGAACAGCACGAGACGGAGAAGCACGAACUCAGGAACAGGAUUGCAGAGCUGAGUCUCUCUGUGAAGGAGAAGGAUGCAGAAAUGGAGAGACUGGAGGAGGAGAAGAGAAAGCGACAGAGUCAGGAGAAGGACAGAGAGGAGGAGAGCGAGAGGGAGUGGGAGAGAAGCCGAGAGAUGGAGAGGAACCUGGAGUCCGUCCAGGAGGCCCUCACCAAGCUGUCUCGUGUCCUGACCUUACGUAGCGGAGCUGGAGAUGCCCCUCUCCUCGCAGUGAACGGGGGCGUGGCCAAGGGGCUGCCCACCCUGCUGUCAAUCAUAGCUCAGGCUGAGAGCUCCCUCCAGUGGAAACACCAGGAAGUGCAGGACGCCGAGGUGAGCGUGAGGAGACUGACACAGGAGAGAGAGGCGUUAGAGAAGCGCGUCACACAGCUGCAGAUGGAUGCAGACGAACAUCACUCACACACACUGCAGACGGCCCAGGAGCUGCGACACACACAUGACCUAAUGCAGAGUGAGAAGGAGAUGGUUGCAUCUCUGCGUGCUCAGGUAGAAGAAGGCGAGAGACACCUGGUGGAACUCCGCAGAGAGAACGAGACCCUCCGACGUCAGAGAGAGAGAGAUGAGGAGGAGAGGAGAGAGAUGGAGAGAGAACGACAGAAACGUUUGGAGACGGAGGCUGAGGAGAGUGCCCGUGUGUGUGAGCGGGAGUCUCGGAGCCGUAUGGAGCUGCACAGCCUGCAGGGGGAGCUAGAGAGAGAGCAGCUGGAGAGAGCGCGUACAGAGAGAGAGGCAGCUGAACACAGAGAAGCACUAAGCAAGGCGCGUGAGAGUGUGCGUUCUCUCUCCUCGUCGGAGACGCUGCUGAAGAGAGAGCUGGCUGAGGCCCACGACGCCCUGGACAAAAUGGCCGCCCUCAACCAGGCCCUGGCUACUGACAAGAGGGAGCUCAGCGCCCGCACAUUACAGUUGGAGACUGAGAUUGCUGAGGCUCAUGCGCAGCUGCAGGGCCUGGGGUCAGAUGUCACAACUCUACGCAGAGAGCUGAAGACCAUGAGCCAGGAGACCACACAGCUGAGUGCGUUCCGAGACUCUGAGCAGGACUCGCUGCAGCUGUUAAGGGAGCGGGAGCGCGAGCUGGAGAGGGAGAUGGAGCUGCUGCGGGAGGAGAGAGAGAGGGAGCUCAGCACCCUGACGGAGGAGAACCACAACCACACACACAGGAUCGAGGAGCUGUCAUCGCUGCACAACGGUGUGUGUGAGGACCUGCGUGUGGCUCGCGCGGAGCUGUGCCGGGCAACGGAGGAGCAGAGGAGUGCCGAGCGAGAGAGGGAUGACCUCCAGAGGGAGAGAGAGAGGAUGGAGGGAGCGCUACGCAGCCUGGAGGAGGAGAGAGAACGGCUGCAGCUGGACAGAGAGGAGCUCCGGUGUGUGAGUGAGUCCCUGCAGCAGCAGCUAAACUCCACCCAGACCCAGAGCUCAGAACUACAGCUGCAGAACAGCCAGCUACAGGUGCAGCUCGACACACUCAUACAGACCAAAGAUACACUAAAGGGGGAGAUCAAGUGUCUCCACGAGGAGCUGGAGCAGGAGAGGCACCAGCGGGACGAGGAGAGGAGAGAGGAGCAGGAGGAGCGCGAGAGGAGGCGCAGGGACGCCGAGAACCAGCAGGGGGAGCUGGAGAGGCUGGAGCAGGAGCUGGCCCAGUCGGAGGAGCAGCGUCAGACAGAGCAGGAGGAGAGGAGGAGCGAGGCGGACGAGUGGCAGCGGGAGAGGGAGGCGCUGAACGCGGAGCUGGGCGCCCGCGACGGGGAGGUGGAGGCCCUGCGCAAGCGCACCCAGGGGCUGGAGAAGGAGAAGGAGGAGAUCGCCGCCCUGCUGGAGGAGUCCGGGACCGAGCUGGAGCGCACGCGGAGCCGCCUCGGCGCCGAGCAGCGCACCCUCGAGCAGAGGGAGAAAGAAGCGAGGGAUGAGGCGGAGAAGUGGAAGAGGAAAGCCAAGGCGGCGCAGAAGAGGCAGGAGGAGGUGGGGCAACGUCUGGAGAAGGAGAGCAAAGGACUGAAGACGACGGAGAAGGAGAGAGAUGCGGCGAGCGAACUCCUGAGGAGGAAAGAGAGGGAGCUGGAGGAGCGAGAGGAGGAGGUGGUGGAGGUGAAGAGCCGAGUGGAGGUGCUGGAAGCAGAGGUGGAGAGGCUGGAGGAGGAGGUGAGGAAGAAGGAGGUCCUGGAGGGCCAGCUGGUGGUUCUGGAGGAGCAGAACCAGCAGCUGAGGGAGAAGGAGCGGACGAGGAGAGCGGAGGAGGAGCGUCGGCAGAGGAGGAGGGAGUCGGAGGAGCGGCAGAAGGAGGAGAGGCUGAGGGGGGAGCUGGGCCUGAAGGAGGGGGAGAUGGAGGCCCUGCGGAGCGACGUGGAGGCGUUGCGGAGGGAGAAGGAGGAGGUGUCGGCACGCCUGGCGGAGCAAGAGACAGAGCUGGAGAGGACCCGGGUGAGGACGGCGGCCGAACAGAGGAGCUGGGAGCAGCGGGCGAGAGAAGCGAGGGAGGAGGUGGAGAAGUGGAAAAAACGGGCGGCGGGGGCUGAGAAACAGAGGGAGGAGGUGACGCUGCGUCUGGAGCGAGAGAGCGAGGGCCUCCGCGCCACGGAGAGGGAGAGGGACCGCAUGACGGAGGUGCUGAGGAAGAAGGAGAUCGAGGUGCGGGAGCGCGAGGAGGACGUCGAGGAGCUGCGGCGCCGGGUGCUCCUCUUGGAGGCUGACCUGGAGAGGCUGGAAGAGGACCUGAGGAGCAAGGAGGUCUCCGAGGGUCAGCUCCUCGUCCUGGAGGAGCAGAACGCCCAGCUGCGAGAGAGGGAGAGGGAGAAGCGCAAGGAGGAGGAGGAGCGGGAGAAGGAGGAGCGGGAGAAGGAGAGGAAGCUGAGGGGAGAGCUGAGGAGGAGAGAGGGAGAGGUGGAGGCGCUCCGUUCACAGAUGGAGGGACUGAGGAGAGAGAGGGAAGACAUCGCAGCCCAGCUGGACACCAGCGAGGCGGAGGUGGAGAGGCUUAAGGCCAGCCUCACCGCCGAACAGAAGCUUCUAGAAGCACAAGCAGAGGAGGCCAGAGACGAAGCAGAGAGGUGGAAGGAGAGAGCGACGCGAACAGAAAGAGAGAGGGAUGAGGCGGUGGAGAAGAGGAAGAGACAGGAGACGGAGGAGAGGAAGAAAGAAAGGACGACCAGAGGGGAGCUGGAGCAGAGGGAAGAAGAGCUGAAAUGUCUCCAGUCGAGGAUGGAGAGAACAGAAAAGGAGAGGGAGAGAGAGAGAGAGGAGGAGCGGAGGAGAGAAGAGGAGCAGGAGGAGGCCUUGAGGAGUCAGCGGGAGCUGCUCAGAGCGAGUGAGGAGGAGGCGCAGAACCUGAGGGAGACUCUUCGUCGUGAGGAAGAGGAGGGCAGGUCCAGGGAGAAGAGGAGCGAGGAGGAGUCGGAGCAGCUGAAGGAGAGACUGCAGGAGCUGGAACAGGCCGAGAGAGAACUCGCCCUGAAACUCCAGGAGGCGGAGCUGGACCUGGAGCGCCACUCGGAUUUGCUGAGGGAGACGGAGAAGGAGCUUAAAGACAGGAAGCAGGAAGUGCUUCUGACUCAGAGUCAGGUGGAAGUGGAGAGAGAGAGAGUGAGGGAAGCAGAGGAGAGGAGAGACCAGCUGGAGGAGGAAACUCAGAUACUACAGCAACAGGCCGAAGAGCAGACCCAAGAGCUAGAACGGUCAUCGCAGCAGCUAACAGAGAAAGAGGAGGAGCUAAGAGACCUCACCAACCAAUUAGAAGAAGCCUCACAAGAGACUGAACAAUUGAGAGAGACGCUGAGCUCAAAGGAGGAAGAGAUGGAGAGACUGUCUUUCCAGCUGAAGGAGGAGAAAAUGGAGGGAGAGAGGAGGAGAGCUCAGCUACAGGAGCUGGAGAGGGGACAGCGCACCCUGGUGGAGGAGCGAGGGACACGCGCCGCCAGGCUGGGCAGGGAGGUGAAGGAGCUGACGGAGGAGAGAGACCAUCUGUCUGCCGAGAUCCGGCGGAAAGAAAGGGAGGCGAGCGCCUUGAGAGAAGAGGCACAGAAAGAGAGGAGAGAGAAGGAGAAGCUGACCUCCUCGCUUAGAAAGAGAGAGGAGGAGCUGAAGGAGAUGAAGGAGAAGAGAGAAGGGGACGCGAGGGAGGUGAGAGAGUCGAAAGAGAUGGAGAUUACCCUGCUGAAAGAGGAGGCGCAGCGGGACAGGAGGGAAAAGGAGAGACUCACCUCCUCCCUGAGAAAGCGAGAAGAGGAGCUGAGCGAAGCCAAGGAGGCCAGGGAGAGGAUAGAGGAGGAGUUGCAGGAGAAGGAGAGGAAGGAGAGGCGCGAACGGGACAAGCUGGCCUCCUCACUCCUCAGGCGGGACGAGGAGCUCCGGGAGGCGCGGGAGAAGAGGGAGGCGGCCGAGGCCGAAGUGAUCGCGCUCAAGCAGGAGGUGUCCAGCCUGGGCCGGGCGAAGGAGCGCGCCGGGCGGGAGGCGCGGGAGCGGGAGGCCGAGAGCCAGAAGAUGCGCCAGGGACUCCAGCAGGGCCUCAAGGAGAUGGCCGAGCUCAAGCAGCUCCUGCAGGAGAGCCACGGCGAAGGGGAGCAACUCCGAGCCCUCCUCGUCCAGCGCAAGGAGGAGCUGACCAGGGGCCGGGACGAGGGGGCCCGGGAGGAGCGCAGGAGGUACCAGGAGCUCCAGAGGGAGCUGUGCCAGAGGGAGAGCCAGCUGAGGGUUGCCCAGGAAGAGGCGAUCCGUCUCAGGGAGAGGGAGGCCGAGGCGGAGGGGGAGCUGACGAGAACCAGGGUGCAGCAGGAGGUGCUAGAGGAGAGAGUGAAGCAGCUGCUCCUCAGGGAGACGCAGCUCAGAGACGCUCAGGAGGAGGUGAGCCGACUCAGGGAGAGACUUCAGGCGAUGGAGGAGGAGGUGGACGCUGAGGUCAGGAGGAGCAAAGCCAAGGAGGAGGCGCUGCUGGAGGAGCGAGACCAACAGCGGGGCCUCAGGGAGAAAGAGCUGAGGGCAGCCCAGGAGGAAGUGCACCGUCUCAGGGAGCGGGAGGAGGAGGCGCAGGGGGAGGUGAGGAGAACCAGGGCCCUGGUGGAGACGCUGGAGGAGCAGAGGAGGGAGCUGAGCAGCGCAGCCGCGGAGAGGAGCAGGGAGGUGGUGGAGGUGAGCGAGCGCGUGAAGGAGGUGGAGGAGAGGAUGGAGAGAGAGAGGGAGGAGAGGAGAGCUGAGGUGAGGAGGUGGGAGGAGAAGAUCGAGACGCUCAGAAAAGAAGGGGAGGACGAGGAGAGGAGGAGGAGAGAGGAGAGGGAGCUGACUGUGGCCAGGCUGACGGAGAAGGAGCGAGAGAUCACCCGGAUGAGAGAGAAAGCGGAGGAGGUGGAGAGAAAGAGGGAAAAAGUAGAAGAGAGGGCGAACGAGUACGGCCAGCGAAUGGAGCUGGUGUCGCGCACCCUUCGAGAGCGAGAGAGGGAGCUGGAGGGAGUGCGGGAAUCGGCCCAGCGAGCGGAGAGAGAGAAACGGGCACUACAGGAGGAGGUGGAGGAGAGAAAGAGGGAUGAAGAGAGGCUGAGAGGAGAGGUGGAGCGCCUGGAGAGAGAGAAAAGCGGCGAGGCGCAACAGCUAGAGGGCGCCAGGCUGCACCUCAGCCAGCUGGAGAGAAUGAACCAGGCGCUCCGGGAGAAGAUCAAGGAGGAAGAGGACGAGAUGAAGAAGAGAAAGACAAAGAGAGCUCUGGACGAAACGGACAGAGACGGCGCGACGAACACGUCCCGGGAGACGAUGGAGAGAGAGAAAGAGCGAGAGAGACUCCGUGGAGAGUUAGCUCGAACGGAGGACGAGAUUCGCCUGUGGAAGACUCGCGCCGAGACCUUAGAGCUUGAGGUGAGGCAGCUGAAGAGAGAGAAAGAGAGAGAGGAAGAGAGAGAUGGAGGAAGAGAGGAGAAAGAGGAGAAUGGUGGCGGCGAUCGAGAGCGUCUGACGGAGCGCUUGUCCACUCUCUUGCUGGAGCGCGAGGAGGCCAGAGAGGCACUGAGGAAGCGCGAGACGGAGGUGCACGAGCUCAAGGAGAGGAGCGACGAGCUGGCCAGGGACCGCCAGCGCAUCAGGGCCGCCCUGGAGAAGACAGAAGCCUCUCUGAUUGGAUACCAGGAGAGGGUGCGGCAGAUGGAGGGCAGAGGUGUGGACACGGGCGUGAUCGUGGGUGUGGGGGGGUCCGGUGCUGAUGUCGGGGGGUCGGAGGCCAGUGGCGGGGGGCGACUGGGGGUGAUGCAGCGGGCGGUGGCCCAGCUGGAGGUGGAGCAGCGGAGACUGCAGGGCAGGAACUCACACCUGGAGCAGCGCGUGCAGCGGCUACGCACUGAGAGACAGACCCUCAGAGACACACUCCGACAGGUGGAACAGGAGAGAGGCCGCCUCCAGCAGCAGCUGUCCCGCUCCCAGUCCGGGACUCAGGUUGUUGGCCUUACAGAGGGACAAGACGUAGAGGCCUUAAGAGCACGUGCCGCUGAGUUAGAGGAACAGGUCCACCACCUGCGUCUAGUGCUGGCUGUGGACCAACAAGAAAGGUCAAAGUUCAUCGAGCGCUCUCAGAAGAAUCAUCAGAGACUGGAGGCGCUGCGACAGGACCUCAACCAAUCACUGGCUGCCGUUUCCCAGCAGCCCGUCCCGUCCGUGUUUCAGUCCGAGACGCAUCGAUUGGACAGGAGUAUCAGGGAGGAGGAGCUGUGGAUGUCUCUCAGCCAAUCCUGAGAAAGGUUUCUUCACAGGGUAAAAGUAUGAUGAGCUCGCUCACUCAGUUUUAAUGUGGAUACAUCUUAUAAUCAGCAAAUGUUACAAAUGUCACAAAUAUCUAUGUUGUUGUUUUUAAAAUGUUAAACUUUGUUUUUUAAUCUAAGCACAUUCCCCUCGUCUGUACAUAUCUAUGAAUGUUGUUCUUAUGUAGCAUAACUCAGGGGUAGUUACUGUGAAUUAGACAAAAGCACAAGCAGCAUUCUUCUUUUUGUGUGUUACAUUAAUCUGUAUUUAUUCAGUCAUAUUUAUUUCUUUUAUAUUGUUUUUGUAAUACAUAAUAGUGUCUUCUGAUGUUCUAAUGUUACAUGUUUUAUUGUGUGACUUUGUUUACUUGCUCAUAUCUAGGUUGUUACAUCUGUACAACAUUGAUUUUGGUCCGCGCCAGGCCCAGGCCAGAGGAAGUGUUUUUUAUAUUUACAUAUUUAUGAAUGUGCUAUACUUACAAAAAUUACAGGGUUGUUGGCCAUUAUUUGGGUACUAAUAACAAGUUUGUUCAACAUCAACAUGCUUUUCUUUUAUGCGCAGUGUUAUUUAUUUUAUUUCAUGUAGCAAUGAUGAGCAAUAGCAAUCACAAUUUUUGCAUUCAAAUUACACACAAAUAAAAUAUAACAUU